AUGGCCACCGCAGGCGGAGGAGAAGAAGCAUUAGUACAGCGUUUAUUACGUAUCACUGACGUUGCACAAGAGUCACUGGACAUUCUUGCACCCAUUAGUGGUUAUGCGAAAUCACCCCUUGUUUCACUUGAAGAAGCAGUCGUGCCACUUGUUCCUAUUGUAGCCGAUAUUCAGAGUCAUGCAUACAUUGCUAAAUUAAAAUGUAAGAAACCUGUCGAUAAUUUGACACAAGAUGAAUCGGCAUCGAUUAUGCUUUACACCAUGGGAUGGGAGCCUCUUGACGAAUGCCUCUACGUGGUCUUGAAUAAUACAUUACGAGCAACGGAUCGGCAGCAAAAACUCAAACCUUGGUAUCUUUAUUUGAGACUUUUUAUAAAUGCACUGUUUCGUCUUCCAUUGCUUUCGAUAGCUGCAUACAGAGGUGUUAAAUUAGACCUUAGUAAUCGCUAUAUCGAAGGAGAAACAAUUGUUUGGUGGGGUUUCUCAUCGUGCACAACAUCUGUCGGUGUGCUAAAAUCAGAAAUGUUCUUGGGAAAAACCGGCACCAGAACUAUGUUUAACCUUCAAUGUAAAUCAGCUAGAGACAUCCGGAAGCAUUCGUUUUAUCCAGUGGAAGAUGAAGUACUCCUUAUGGCUGCAACACAAUUUAAAGUAGUCAGUUCUCUUGAUCAAGGUAAUCUUCACAUUAUUCAACUGGAAGAAACUAUUCCACCAUUUCCAAUUCUACAACCAGUAUCUAUUAUUGGUUCAUUGCCAACCAAUCCGAAUCCAUCUGGUGAGUUCAAAAGAUUUACUUAA